AUGGGUUAUGCGGACUUGUGCACUGGGGCAUUCGCCUUGACUCAUCGCAGGCAAGCAAUGACCUAUGUCAUCGAGUUGUACACCGCUCCACUCUUCAUGGUAUCCAAAAGCAAGUGUGAUUUCUUUGCGUCAGAUUCAGGAAAGAAGUACUGGGGGUGGUGGAUCUCUAUCUUCAGUCCUGAAGCUUGGGGUUUCUUCGUGGGAGUGGUAUUCUUCUUCAUUGUCGCCAUGAAAGGACUUGACCAUUGGCUUGACUGGCUUGACACACCAUCCAGACCAGCACGUGCAGGGGCAGCUGCUCCUGCUUCGGUAGCAGCCGCAGCGGAGGCAGGAGCAGCGCAUGCUAGUGCAGGUCAUCCGGAAGGAUGCCUUGACAAACUACCCGGGCCACCUCCAAAGAAAGAUGAGGAAGCGCGAUGCAUGCAGAAGUUCCGCGAGUGCUUUUGCUGUUUCACACACGGACUUGGUGAUGCCCUUCUUGGUGUGUGUGAGGCCUUUGUCAACAAGUCGAAAACCAGCCACAGGAGGGACUCGAACAAACCAAGCCGCGCUCGUCCAUCCCACAUGCUACGUUUGGGCCUGGGCUUCUUCAUUUUGCUGAGCACGGCAGUGUAUGGUGGCGGCGUCACUGCUGAGAUGGUCUCAGCAAAAGAGAUAAAAGGAGAGGUUCCAAGCCUGGAAGAGGCAUCACAACGGAAAAUUCCUCUAUGCACCCACGUAGUUUAUGAAGAACCUCUGCGGCCCUUCCAAGUUGCCAACUUGACAACAUUCUCAAAAAGGUGGGAAGAUGUUUUGAAGAACUUGAAUGGUAAAAAAUGUUCUGCUGCACUUUUGGAUGAUGAGGCUUGGAACACAUUUCGAAGCCGCAAACAGCUUUGUGGCUAUCACAAAGAACCAACAGCAGAGCUUUAUGUGCCUACAGGAGCCGUCGUAUCCAAGCGAGCUUAUCGGACUCUCGAAACCUUCCGAUUUGCUGCCUCUAAAACUGCAUUCUUCUUUGACAAGUCACCGGUGCUCCCAAAUGCUUGCCCUUCAAACUCACCAGAUACUGUUUGCGCCAAAAUCAAGGACGAGGGCGUGCCAUGGUAUACGCUUUUCAGCCUUUUCGUGGUGGCAGCCGGAUGCGGGGUGUGUAGCUUGAUUGGCGUUGCUCACCAUCACUUUGUAAGGCAAGAUGAGGAGAACAAGCAGACUGAAGAGGAGAAGGAGAAGAAGACGAAGGAUGAGGAAAUGAACAAGGCAAACAUGACAAAGAUUCAGAGUCUUUUAGACGGAUUCGGCAAAAUGUCCAAAGUCCUUGAAGAGGAUAGGAAGAAGAACAUGAAGGAUGAGGAAAUGAACAAGGCAAACAUGGCCAAGAUUGAGAGCCUUUUAGUAGACCUUGAAUUCGGCCAAUCUUCCCAAGUCCUCAAGCAAUCCAACCUUCGACCCCAAUCAGAUGCAGCAGGCUCCAAUGCUGUACAAGAUGACGUGGAAUCAUCUGCGAGGUCGACCGGCAGUGGAAGCUCCAGCACCACACCUCCCAACAAACCCACGAACAUUUGCCCGGAGGCAUCGAUGCCCACCAAACAACCGAUUCCAAGGAAGUUCAUGUUCUUGAGCAUUCACAGGGCUCAGCUGACUCCACGCUUUUCAAAUUUGUGA